GCUGCCAUAGACUUGCGGCGGAAGAAAAAAAUCACGCUAACGGAUACAAUAGGUGCCUAAGCACCUUCGGUGCUUGGCCCCUAAUAAUAAACAUUUAUUCAGAGGAAGUUAAACUAUGUUCACGUAGGCUAUAGUAGUUGCAUUUUGUACAUGUACAUUUAUAAAGAAGAAAAACAUUGUUUUAGGAAUGAUCAAUGACCCUAGUAAUGAGGGUCUUAUUGUUCUUUGUUUCUAAGCUUUACAGCAACUUUUGAGGAAGUGAUGAGCAAGGUUUCUGCUGCCUUCACCAAAUUAGUUUUUGCCUAUGAUGCCAAAACCAUAUAUUUACCUUUUAGAAAAUUUAUCAAGAAACAUACUUUUAUUGUUGGCUCAUAACAAUACCUCAAUAAAUCAAUAGCUGAAAUCAUUAAAUAACGCAACACAAUUUAUACAAUUCUGUGCUUAGAUGAACAGUUACAAUCUAAGCAUAACUUUGUGCAGGCUGAUGUUAUUAAAAUGAUCAAUGUUGAUCUUUUCUAAAUGGUUUGAUUUUGUAAACAUUAAGUGCAUAAAUUAUGUUAGAAAAUGCCCUCACGGUGUGAUCUCUAUAUAGUGUAGCUAAUUGUUGUAUUUCUUAUAAAACAAACAAACAAAAAUCUUCAUUAAACUAAAACUGAAUGAAGUGUGAAUUGUGCUGUCCACCUUUAUCACACAAUGCUCACUUGUAUCCUGUGGCUGAUGGACUACAAGUGAGAUCUGUCCAUCUUGACUGCUCUUAAUUCACUCCUCUGCAGAUGCCUGCUCUCUGGCUUUUCAAAUCAGACUUUUGAUAGACUGAUGAUAUUCUCAUUCUGUCCUUUUCUUAAGUCCUGCCCCUUUGAAACAUACUGGUUUUGAAGUGUGUAUAACACACAACCAGUAGCACUUGAGAGUAGCCUGCAAAGGAACAUCUCAUUGGUUUUACUGAACAAGUGUGUAAUAAGUGUAAUAUUCAUUAUGAAGACAAGAAAAUAGUUGGUUUCAUGAAUUCACAAAUGUAUGUGUAGAGAGAGGAUAAAACAGGAAUCAGUGUUGAAUGAUGUGUGUUACAAUAUGAAUCCAGAAAUAUUUCUCUACUCACAAUCUUUAUGAUAUGUAGAAAAAUAUGUCACUGCAUUUUUCUGUUGUGUGUUUUGUUUGGCUUGUGAUUGUCUGUUCAUUUCUUCUUCAGGUGUGUCUGGUGUUGAUACAGAUGAAGAGUCAGUGUCUGUGAUGGAGAGAGACACAGUCACUCUACACACUGAUGUUAAAACAAACCAACAAGAAAAGGUUAAAUGGUUUUUUAAUAACACUUGCAUCGCUCGAAUCACUGGAGAUCUCAGUUUUAUCUGUACAGAUGUUCAGUGUAAUGAAGGUACUGAGAGAUUCAGAGACAGACUGAAGCUGGAUCAUCAGACUGGAUCUGUGACCAUCAUGAACAUCACAAUCACAGACUCUGGAGUUUAUAAACUAGUGAUAAUCAAAAGCAGCAGCAGUGAAAAGAUCUUCAGAGUUGCUGUUAAUGAUGUUCCUGCUGCUCAACGAGAUGAAAAGAAGACCAAGUCUGUAGUGGAGGGACAAUCUGUCACCUUAGAUCCCGGUGUAACAAAAAACCCAAAUGAUGUGAUGACGUGGCAUUUUAAUGAGACUCUCAUCGCUGAAAUCACUGGAGAUCAGAGUAAGAUCUGUACAGAUGAUGAGUGUAAAGAGAGAUUCAGAGACAGACUGAAGCUGGAUCAUCAGACUGGAUCUCUGACCAUCAUGAACAUCAGAACCACAGACUCUGGAGAUUAUAAACUACUGAUCAGUAGCAGCAGCAGCAGCAGCGUUGUUGUUGUGACCAGUUUAAAGAGCUUCAACAUUUCUAUCACCGCUGUUCCAGGACUGUCUCCAGGAGCUGUAGGAGGAAUAUGUGGUGUUCUGCUGCCCGUUGUCUGUGUGGUUGGUGGUCUUGCAAAAAGGAAAGGUGAGAAUUAAAGCUGAUUUAACAUGACACAAAUAUGAAAUGAAGUGUGAAGAGAAUUGUUAAAGGGGUCAUAUGAUGCUGCUACAAAGAACAUUAUUUUGUGUAUUUGGUGUAAUGAACUGUGUUUAUGCGGUUUAAGGUUAAAAAAAACACAAUAUUUUCCAAAUACUGUACAUUA